GCAGAGCCCUGCUAGUUUUCAAAACCACUGUCAGCUAUACAAAUGAAACAAAUGUACACUCGGACCGAUGGAAAAUGUUUGGGAUGCAUUACAGAAGUCUCUUAUGAGAAGCCUCUUAACUACCCAGAACGAUUUGGACGCCUGCAGAGGGGUCAUUCUACGGUAUCCCCUGCCAUGUAUUGGAAUAGACUUUGGGGCUAUGAUGGAGUUUCUGGACGCGAACAGCUCCUUGCUCAGCAAAGAAUGCACAGUAUGAUCAGCUCAGUGGAUGUAAAGUCAGAGGUUCCUGUGGGAUUGGAGCCCAUCACACCACUGGACUUGCGAACAGAUCUCAGGAUGAUGGUUCCCAUGGUGGACCCUAUUAUGCGUGAAAAGCAGCUCCAGCAGGAGCUACUUCUGAUCCAGCAGCAGCAGCAAAUUCAGAAACAACUUCUGAUUGCGGAGUUUCAGAAACAGCAUGAAAACUUGACCCGACAGCACCAGGCCCAGCUCCAGGAGCACAUAAAGUUACAACAGGAACUCCUCGCCAUUAAACAACAGCAAGAACUCCUUGAAAAGGAGCAGAAACUGGAGCAGCAGAGGCAAGAGCAGGAACUAGAGAGACAUCGCAGGGAACAGCAACUUCCUCCCCUCAGAGGCAAAGAGAGAGGCCGAGAAAGGGCAGUGGCAAGCACAGAAGUGAAGCAGAAACUUCAAGAGUUCCUGUUGAGUAAAUCAGCAACAAAAGACUCUCCAACUAAUGGGAAGAAUCAUUCCACAAGCCGCCACCCCAAGCUCUGGGCUGCCCACCAUACCUCACUGGAUCAAAGCUCUCCACCCCUGAGUGGGGCCUCUCCGUCAUAUAAAUACACUUUACCAGGAGCACAGGAUGCCAAGGAUGAUUUUCCACUUCGAAAAACUGCCUCAGAACCCAACUUGAAGGUGCGUUCCAGGUUAAAACAGAAGGUGACAGAAAGGAGAAGCAGUCCCUUACUCAGGCGGAAGGAUGGGAAUGUUGUCAGUUCAUUCAAGAAGAGACUGUUUGAAGUGACAGAGUCAUCAGUUAGUAGCAGUUCUCCAGGAACAGGGCCCAGCUCACCAAGCAAUGGCCCUACUGGAAAUGUGACAGAAAAUGAAACCACACUUUUGCCAUCUAAUUCUCAAGCUGAGCACUUGGUUUCUCAACAACAUAUUCUGAUUCAUGAAGAAUCGAUGAACCUGUUGAGUUUGUAUACGUCUCCUUCUUUGCCCAACAUUACCUUGGGACUUCCAGCGGUACAAUCUCAGCUCAGUGCUUCAUCUUCACUCAAAGAAAAACAGAAGUGUGAGACCCAGACCCUGAGGCACGGAGUGGCUCUUCCUGGACUGUAUGGGGGAAACGUGCCUCCCUCUUCAGCUCCGCCUCAUAUUGCUCUAGAGGGAAAACCUAACAGUAGCCAUCAGGCUCUCCUGCAACAUUUGUUACUGAAGGAGCAAAUGAGACAGCAAAAGCUUCUUGUGACUGGAGGGGUUCCUCUCCAUCCACAGUCUCCAUUAGCAACAAAGGAGAGAGUCUCACUUGGCAUCAGAGUUGCCCACAAGUUGCCUCGUCAUAGGCCCCUGAAUCGAACCCAGUCAGCUCCACUGCCUCAGAGCACCUUGGCCCAGCUGGUCAUUCAGCAGCAGCACCAGCAGUUUCUGGAGAAGCAGAAACAGUACCAGCAACAGAUUCACAUGAACAAACUGCUCUCUAAAUCCAUUGAACAGCUAAAGCAGCCUGGCAAUCAUCUAGAAGAAGCUGAAGAAGAGCUUCAUGGAGAUCAUGCUAUGCAGGAAGAAAGAGCUCCCUCUAGUGGAAACAGCAUUAGGGAUGACAGCUGCAGCGUUUGUGUGGAUGACAGAAUAGGACAGCAUGUGGAGGCUAUGAAAGUGAAAGAGGAGCCACAGGACACUGAUGACGAUAAUCAAACCCAGCAAAUGGAAUCUGGGGAGCAGGCUGCUUUUAUGCAACAGGUGUUGUCUAUGACAAUCUAAUGCUGAAGCACCAAUGCAUGUGUGGCAACUACACCAACCAUCCCGAGCAUGCUGGAAGAAUACAAAGCAUCUGGUCGAGGCUGCAAGAAACUGGGUUGCUAAACAAGUGCGAGGUAAUAAAGACCAGGUAGCUUCAAAUGGCAAAAUAAUAAAUCCUAAAUCUGUGUCACUUCUGUAAUAAUAGAAUACAUUGUCUCUAUAAUGAUUGGUUGACAUUACUAAAAUAUUGCACAUUUUGAUGCCUCCUUUCCUCUCCUAAAAUGGAAUCUGCACACUGACAUUAAUUUUUCCACCUGUAGUUGUGUAAAUUUCUUCUACUUGUAAUACCAUAACAUGAAAUCCAGACUUCAGCUGUGUUCUUCACCUGGGGAUACAUAGAGAGAGAUAAUGUAAAGGAUGGAAGGGAUAGAUAGAUAGAUAGAUAGAUAGAUAGUGAUCAAUAGGGAGUUACAGUCUUUCCAAUAGGAUCAUUGUUUCUUCAGACAGCUAACAAUUUCACUUUUGUAACAGCAUAAGAACAUUGUGUUAUUUAUUAAUCAUCUCCAUUUUCUCCAUAAUUGCAUGCUUCACCUUGUCAUGUUUCUGCAUAUAAAACUUGCUUUCAUAAGGUUUUCUUAUUGUCCAGGAGUGAGAUGGAUAUUGGGUCAGAAAAUCAAGACAAGCCCAAUUCUCCAGACAAUAUCUGGGCAACUUUGGCAUUUAAUGUAUUUAUAUUUUAAUUUCCUUAACAUUUGCAACAUUGUUCAAUAUAAGGGAAGCUAAGCUCUGGAACAGGCUUCCAACAGAGGUUGUGGAAUACUUAUUAUAGGAGGUUUUUAAGAACAGGUUGAACAAACAUCUGUCAGGGAUGAUCUAGGUUUACUUGGUUCUGUUUCCACAUGGAUUGGGCUAGAUGACAUCUCAAGGUCCCUUCCAGCUCUACAUUACUAUGAUUUUAUGAUUGAGUAUUAGUGCAUAAUAAGUUAAUUAAAAGUGGACUGAAAACAGCCUACAGUCAUCAUUUUGCAAAUCUUGGAAACACCCACAAGGGGCUCAAUCUUGCAAGGCAUUUAAUGCCUCUUGAGAGGUGCUGAACAUGCUCACGUCUUAUUGAAGUCCCUGGAAGUUGUGGGUGCUCACUGAUUCUCAGGAGCAAGCCCUAGCAGAGCUCAAUGCACACUACUCCCAUAAGUAAAGUUAGCAGGUGCUUACGUUUUGCAGGAUCAAGUCAUUUCCUCGGCUCACAUACUCUGUUUUUCACAUUACAUUGUGUUGUUUACUAAUAUUUUUGCAAAUCCACAUGAACUAGCACUGUAGGUCACUUCUUCAGGAAACACUAACUAUUCACGGAGAUUUUUUCUCUGUAGAGAACCGAGCACAUAGAACUAUGAUGUAACAAGCACUGUAAUGGAUUUGUUAUAUACACUAAUUUAACAAAAUGGCAAUACUCUAACAGGCUGUUUUUUUUUCAUUUGCUUUCAUUUUUUUAAUGUUUUAGUAGGCUGUGACUCAGCAAGGUCCUCAAGCAUAUGUGUAACUUCUAGCAGAAGUUGUUCCAUCAAUUACAAUGGGUCAUGAACACAUGCUUAGUUAAGUGCUUUGCUAAAUUUGAGGCCUAAUUAUUUUGCUGACUCAGGGUCAUAAUGAACACAAAAGAACAUAAGUAAGAAGCAGUGUGGAUUUUCGUUACAUAAUCUCUGCAGUAAAGAAGCUGACAUUAGUAAUCAGUAAACUGUGUCGAAUCUUGGAAAGGCAGCACCUAUAAUGUGGUAUAAAUUGAUUCUUAGGUAUAAGUGUCACAUGCGUGAGGUAUAUUAUAGUUCUGUAGUCCAUUAGUUUUCUGGAAUCCAUGAAGUUCCAACAGCAUAUCUCAUUACAACAGCAUAUCUUGGAGUCUGCUUUUACUCUUCAUAUUACAGAUGUACCUAAACUAAACCCUGAAUCCUGACACUCCCAAUCUUUGGGAAAGUUGGAUUUAUGUAAGCGGGGGAAUAGUCCUGCUAUUGUGGGGAACUUUCCUGGCUUCUGCAAUACCCCGGUAAAGUGGGCUAGCGAAAGGAUCCGAGUCCUCGCUCCCACUUCUUUUACCAGUGGCCUCCCUGCCCUUGAGGACUCCCCUUCCACUCUCCUGUCUGGCAGAGUCCUCGUAACUCCAACAAGGCUGGGCCCAAGAUUCCUGGGGGGCUCAACCCCCAACCCUGCUGUGGUCACCUAGGACAGGGUCUAGGGUAUUCCCACUCCAGGGUACUCUCUCUGCACUGGGCACUUCUCUGACCCACUGAUUAUUACAUACAAUUUGAAGCAAAUGCAAGUUACUUAAUCAACAAUUAAUUUUAAAAAGAAUAAGGGGAAAUGGGAAAGGUUAAAGGAAACACAUCAACCCGCUCUGUGGCAGGGAACAUCACAAACAGCGUCUCUGGAAUGUCAGGGCAGGUCACAGUCUGUUCCUUGUAAGUCCCAGGCCUUCUUCUCAGGCCCUGGCUGUGCUGUAGGGAUGCUGCGAGUUGGACACUUGCUCUGGUGGUGGCCACAGGCUCUAGGUGACAGGGCCCUUCUUCCCAGCGUUGCCCCUGCCCUGUCAGGGUUACCAAUCCCCCUUCAAGUCUGGCCUGCAGAGCCUCCUGGCUGAGGCAUCUCCCUGUGUUGGGCCCACUGCCCAGGGUCCCCCUCGCUCUACCCAGCUGCUCACAACACCCGACUCCGGACUGCUCCAGCCCCAGCUCUAGCUCCAGCUCCACUCUGUCUUAGCUCCAGCUCCACUCUACCUCAGCAUGGCUGCUGCUCUGCCUCCAGUUCCCUGGGCUGCUUCUCUGGCCCCUCUGGCUCUGGUUGCUGCAGCUCUGCUCCCAGGACAGGUCUGCUCUGCAGGCUGCUUCUGUGACUCUGCUCCCAGCACGGACCUGCUUCCUGGGCUACUUUUCUGGCCCCUCUGGCUCUGGUUGCUGCAGCUCUGCUCCAGGGCAGGUCUGCUCUCUCAGGGCUGUGCCUCUGGCUUUGGGGCUGCAGCUCUGCUCCCAGCACAGAGUCUGCUCUCUGUGGGCUGCUUUUCUGGUCCCUCUGGAUCUGGCACAGCUCUGCUCCCCAGCUUAGCUCGGGCCCCUGCGUUCUCCUUAGCUCGGCCCCCACUCUGUCUGACCCAGGCAAUUCCAGCUCACACAGAGGACGGGACCUCCCUGGCCUCCUGACUCCCUGAUUAGCUUGCUCGCCGUGUCAUUCAGGCUGACCUGGAGUAUAGGCCUCUCCAUAUUGUUCCUGGGGAUUGGCAGUCUCAGGGUCCUGAUUCCCCAGGGACCCUUCCCCUUUGAGUACUGGGAGCUAGCAACUAAAACACUCCCACUGAAUAUUAGUAAGGGAGCAACAGUCCCCUUACAUUUGGAUAGAAAUGUUAUGAAUGGCCCCUAUCUACCUUUGUGAUGAGCCAAUCCCAAACCUUGGAUCUGAACACUUCUAAAACUUUGGGAAAUUUGGAUCUGGAACUUUGUGGUUCAGACCCAUACUGGAAAAUGUACAGAAUAAUGUAACUGGCAUGUUAACAGGUUACGUGAAGCUGCAACAAGCAGUGUGUAAAAAAUAAUCAGAGAGACAUCUAAAAGAAAAAAGCCUUAUUGUUUACAAACACUAUCAAAGCAGCUGCCGUAAUAGUUGUCUGAUCAUGGGUGGUCUGAAUGGUUUCCUUUCUUUUGUAUACACUGUUAUGUAAAUCAUUAAGGGCCAGAUUCAGAUGCCCUUACUCUGAUCUUAUAGCACUUCACAAGUCAUCCCACUGAUUAGUACUCAGUGUUAGCAAGGGUGAUAUAAUGGGACCCCAAACAUUUUAUAGGCCUGAAUACAAUUAAAGGUAAAAAAAAUGUUAUAUUUUUAUUAUGUGUAAUAUUAGGCCAAAAUAACCUUUUUCAUAUUAAAUAUUUAAAAUUUUCCCCUACAAUUUAGUUAUUUUAGAAAUUAAAAUGUAGCCUUUCAGAUCUUGUAGGAUCUUGUAAGUUUGCAGGAAAAGUAAGGUAAGUUUGUAUGAAGAAACAAAGCACUUCAACUCAAGCUGCAUUCAACUAAUUUGGUCCCCCUAUGUGUUUCAAAGAAAGCAUUUUGUGAAAGCUUACUUACGUUUUACAAAUGACAUUUCAUAGCUUGUUGUAUAUUCAUGUUUAAUUAUUUGAAGGAAAAUGGCUUCUUUGUUGAAACUAUUCAGAAAUUGCUAUUUUAAUGGUUCCAGUGUAAAAAUAGCUUUUUCAUCCAAUAAAGUGAAAUCUGAGGGGAUAUAAAUUUGAGGCGCUUUGAUAGGGAGAUGUAGGGAAGUGCACAUUGCAGGUGUUUGUCUUGAACUUGUUCUCUGGCUAAAGAGAGGAUUUCAUUUGACAGUCCAGUCUGUCUUUUACUUUUCAUGAACUCUAAGGCCAAGUUUCAGCAAAGCAUCUUAAGCACAUACUUAACAUUAAUCAUAUGCUUAAGUCUAACCUUAUUUAACAAAGCAUUUGCAGCAUUGGGCUACCCUUAGACCUUUUAGCUGUUCAUAUAAAGAUUUGUAAAAAAAGGUGUUGAAUGGAGUAGGUGUUUGUUUGUUUUUUACUCCUUCCACUUUGCUUUUACUCCAAAAUGGCUGGAUCAUUUCCCCAUCAACUUAAAGAAAAAUAAUAAUUCCCAUUCAGCCCAUGACCGAACCAUGAAAAUUUUAGUUUGAAUGGUGAGUUUUAGAAAGUUAUUAGUGACUGAAAACAGAGGGUUAGAAUGGAAUAAUUUAUACAGCAUUUGCAAUACUGCCGACUUUAAUUUGCGUGUAAAACAUUGACAUAAUAUUUUCAUAUAAGAUGAGCUGUUGCUUGUGCAUUUAUUGAUGCACCUACUCUGCCUGACAAAGGUCUAUGGACAUAGGAUAACUGAGUAAGUGUCAUGUGAUACAUCAGAACUGGGCAACUGAAAGUUGCAGAGUGCUACCUAACUGCUAGAUUGGACUUUGCAAUGUAUCCUAAGUAAGGAGUGUUUUGAUAAUUGGGUCUACAGAUUUACCCUAAUUAUUAGCUCAACUAUGAGAAGUGACUGAAAGUUUAUAAAAUGAUACAAUAGCCCAUAGCAAUAAAUGUUGAUGGGAAAAUGUGCAAAUGGGAGACAAAAAGACUGAAUUGGUCUUUCUCUCUUUUGGGAUCUUAAAAGAAAAGACUUGGGGGGGGGAAUGAAGAAGAAGAAGAUGUCUGCCAGAACCACUGCAGCAAGUUUCAACAUCAUGGCUGCCACCCGCACCAUCUCUUGGGACACUGGGAUUUUCUUUAACACUGCUGGGCGUCUGUCAUUCUGAUCCUGAAAGAUGUCCUGACUAGGCUGGGCCAGAGAGGGGAAACCAGAAGACAUCAUCACCUCCACCGGCUUUGGCUAAACCUGAACCACACCUGGGAUGUGAAACUUUGUCAUUGCCAUGCUUCAUGUGUCAUUUUUCUUCCCCACUGUGAACCUAGGUCCCCGUGUAUUCACAUACUACACACUACAGCAAGGAUAUUUCUACAAAAUAUGUCCUGUGAGGUAUCAUUU